AUGGUUCCGAAGAGUAGUAUUAGCCUCCAAUUCGUUGUCGUAGGGGGCGGAAUAGGUGGUCUAUCGGUAGCUAUCGGACUCGUUCUAUCCGGACACAAAGUUACGGUUUUGGAAAAAGCUCAAGAAUUAUCAGAGGUGGGUGCUGGAAUCCAGAUUCCGCCCAACUCCACCAGAAUACUUGAGCAACUUGGGUGCAAAACAGAGAUACUAGAGCAUGCUUUGGUACCAAAGGCUUACCACUUUUGCAAUCACAAAGGAGACAAUCUGAUCAGUCUAGAGCUUGACCCUUAUUGUGCUAGCAAGUACGGCUGUAAAUCCUUACAUAUACACAGGGGAGACUUUCACAAGUGUCUAGUUCAAAGGGCCAGGGAACUGAAUAUUACCAUCCUAGUAAACUCCGAGAUUGUGGAUAUUGAUCUGGAUCACAACAUUGCAAUAACCCAUGAUGGUCGGAAAUAUCAGGCAGACGUAAUUAUAGGCGCUGACGGCUUGAACUCCAAUGUUCGCAACUCUAUAUUUGGAAGGAACACAUCGCCAACAAAUAGUGGAGAUCAAGCUUACCGCUCUUUGAUAUCUAUUCCGGAGAUGAAUAAGCACCCUGAACUGGACUUCAUCCACAAAGUUCCCUGUGUCAACUUUUUCUGGGGCCCGAAAGGUCACGUGGUCACUUACCCCUUGAAGGGAGGCAACACCUGCAAUGUUGUUGUUAUGGCACCAGACAACCUGCCACCAGACUCAAGCGUUGUUGCUGCAGACAAAAAGGAGGUCCUACACUUUUUGGAAACGUGGGACCCUCGGUUGCAACUGCUUCUGAGCCUCGCAACCUCAACUUUCAAGUGGAGACUUCAAUAUAUUGAGGAGCUAAAUUGCUGGAGCCAUCCUGCUCAAAACGUAACUCUUCUGGGAGACGCUUGCCAUGCAACUCUGCCUUAUCUGGCUCAAGGAGCAGCUCAAGCCAUAGAAGAUGCCGCUGCUUUGGCAUACCUAUUUGGAAAGAUUAAGGACAAAUCUGAGAUACGUUUCAUAUUGAAGACAUACGAGCGCAUCAGAAAGCCAAGGACGACCCGCAUUGUCAACUCGUCAAAAGAAUGUCAACAAAUCUACCAUCUCCAGGACGGAGAAAAGCAGAAACUGCGAGACCUAAAAUGUGCAAUGGAUCCUCCACAGGAAGGAUGUCCAGCACGGUGGGCAGACCCUGAGUUUCAGGAAUACCUGUUUGGGUACAAUAUAUUUGAGGAAUGCCAUAAACAAUGGGUACUUUCCAAAACUAUGAAAGAGAAAUUGUGA